ACCACAGUAGUAAGCAGACUGGAACAGGAAGUGAUGGACUGUUAUUGUGUGUGAGCUUUGGAAGGUGCUUCUUAAAACUUUCCUAUUUCACAAACAUGUUUAUUGUUCAGGUGGGUGUGUUAUUGAUAGCGUUGACAUAUUACGCCAAUGCUCAAACGUCUGUUGUCGCUGUGAACACCACCAUCCCUGGUUCAGAGCAGAGCGCAAGCGGCUUGAGGCAACUCGCCGUGGCAGUGGUGCCUCAGUCGUCCGUGUUUCACUCCAGUCUCCGUUCACAGUUCUCUCUCAACCUGUUGUCGGCGUUUCCAGAAGAUCUGGAGGUCAGCAAUUACUGCGUCGCGCUGCUGGCUAUCUUUGGGCAACGAUAUUCAACGUAUGUUAAUUGUUUGGUGUCCGCCGCGCGCCCUGUCAAAGUGUGCCAAAACUGUUAUGGCACCUACGGCAACCUUAUGGAAAUCUACAAAAACAUAUCAGACCAGAUGGGCCCAGGGAAUGUGAGCUGCAGAGACAGCCUACUGCGUUCUGAUAGGCUGAUGUUGGUGUUCCUGCUCUACAGUAACCUGGAGGACAUCUGGACCGCUUCAGAAUGUAACCGUUGUGUAAGCCUGAGACACUACAGCCUGACCAAUGACACCCUUUACUUCAUGGAAACUCUGAACCAGUCCCUCAGCUGCUUCGAGAAGUACCAGAAGCAGGGUAACCACUCAGAGCUUUGUACGGAAUGUAAGGCCACAUACAGAGGACUGAAUGAGCUGUACAGCCGCAUGGAGAAGAAUCACACCCUCUGCAUCGACAUCGAGGACUCUAUGAAUAUGACCCGUAUACUAUGGAGCAAGGAUUUCAAUUGUUCUUUCCCCCGGGCGGAGACUGUUCCUGUCAUCGCCGUGUCCAGCUUCAUGCUCUUUCUGCCCAUCAUCUUCUACUUGAGCAGCUUCCUUCACUCGGAACAAAAGAAACGCAAGCUCAUACACCCCAAACGAGCCAAGUCCAACCCCAGGUUCAUUAACAUCCAGGACAAGUUCAGCUGAGGAGAGUGAGAGAUGGAAGAGAAUGAGGAGAAGAUAGAUCAGAUAAUGACUUUAUUAUCCCCGUGGGGAAAUUUUGGUUGUCGCUCUGUGCAUACAUAAACAUAUAAUCAACAAUAGACAAAGUACAUACAGUAUACAGACAAUACAGGUAGAAAAGUACAGUUCAUGAGUGAUCAGUGAUCUUCCAUACACUAUAGACAACAGAACACACUGUCAACUACAAUGUUAGAUAUAGGCCACACAGGAGGUUGGUGGCACCUUAAAUGGGGAGGAUGAGCUCGUGGUAAUGGCUGGAGCGGAAUAGGUGGAAUGGUAUCAGUCAUUCCAUUGACUCCGUUCCAGUCAUUAUUAUGAGCCGUCCUCCCCUCAGCAGCCUCCACUGAUAGGCCAGCCCGAUGCUCCUACUUGUGGUUUAAACAUUCAGGAACCUUACUACCGCUUGGACAAAGGAUAUUUUGGCUCUAUUCCUUUGGUUUUCUGUAACGUCUCCUCGAGCAGAGUAGCUAAAAUUCCUGAUAAAGAGGAUGUCUGGAGUCCAUCAGUACCUUGUGGGGUUUUUAGGGCUCUUAUAUCAUAAAUGACCUCCAGACCUGUCUGCUUGAACUCUAGCACCUUACUAGCAGAGCUUACAAUUUCUCUGCGAGACAUAAUAAAAAAAAAAAAAACCUUUAUGUAACUAGGCAAGUCAGUUAAGAACAAAUUUUUAUUUACAAUGACUGCCUACCCCAGACGACAUUGGGCUAAUUGUGCGCUGCUCUAUGGGACACCUAAUCACGACCGGAUGUGAUAGACUGGAUUCGAACCAGGGACUGUAGUGAUGCCUCUUGCACUGAGAUGCAGCGCCUUAGACCGCUUGCGCCACUCAGGAGCGGAAAUUACAAUUUCCGUACCAGACAAAGAGGAAGAAUUUUUGUUGUCCAAAACCGCACCUGGAUACAAAUGUAACAUGUAAUUUCAUCUAUGGCUGUGGUUUCAGCCAGGGGUGUAUUCAUUACGUCUUGCAACAGAAACCGUUUAAGAACCAAACGGGAGCUAAUUUAAUGGAACUAGGAGGGACCUACCUGAAUUUGUCCAAUAUAAACUCUUUGUUUUCAUUGCAAAACGUUUUCCAUUUGACUUAAACGUUUUUAAAAAAUUCAAAUGGAAAACGUUUUGCAAUGAAAACAAAGAGUUUUGUUUUAUUUUUGCUGAAAUGAUAUUUGAACCCCCUAGCCCCACCUCACCCAUUGCUUCUACAAUGAAAGUCUGGAGAUUAACCAUAAUGCCUACUGAUUUAUCAGUAAUGGGUAGUUGAAGUAUAUUUUUGUGUGCAUUAUUAUUUUGUUUGGUGACUAGAUGUACUCUGCUGUGAAAGACAGACGACAAACAGGCAGAAAGCACUUGAUGUCUAUUAGUUGUGACGUAUGCCUGCCGUGUAGAAGUGGAUAACAGCUGAGAUGGAGACAUUUUUAAAAUAAAUGUUGUUUUUUUAAACAGCAAGGUGAAAGCACUCCAUGAUAUCACAGAAGGCAGAGUGAGACAGCUCUUUCAACCCUAUUUGUUUUUUUGUUGCACUGUUAAUGUCUUUGUCCUUUCCCACUGGUUAUCACAUGCUGGACUUGUUUUUUGUGUUAUAUUUGUUUUUGUUAUAUUUGAUAAUGUGAGUAGUUUGUGGCAAUAGAUGCAAUUUGUUGUAAUUAUGUAUCUGUAUAUUUGCCUUAUAGAAGUGGCUUCCCUUUUGCUUAAAGAUACAUUUCACAAACUAGGCCUAUUUCAGCUGCAGUAGGGUUUUUACUGACCAAUAACACUGUGCCAACUACCGUUUCUAGUUUUUUAAGAUGUGUUAAAGUAACUGUUACUUUGUUACAGGUGUAAAAUCCCUCUUUUGUAGCACUUGUCAAAAAUUGUACAGGAUGCUUUAGGCCUACUUUUCAGAAUCACUGUCAGAUACAAUUAAUUCGUCACGCAAAACCCUAGAUAUGCUACUUUCUAUUUGACUUGUCACAUAUUCCACUAGAUUCAUAUAAAUAUAAUUAGCAUAAUACAAAUAAUCCCAUCAAUCUCAUUUAAAUAAAUAAAACAUUUACAAGCCA